AAAAAAAAAAGGUGUGGGCCCUUAGUGUUAAGGAAAGCAGACAUUGAUCUCACUAAGAGGGCCGGCGAGCUCACUGAGGAUGAGGUGGAACGUGUGAUCACCAUUAUGCAGAAUCCUCGCCAGUAUAACAUCCCAGACUGGUUUUUGAACAGACAAAAGGAUGUGAAGGAUGGAAAGUACAGCCAGGUCCUGGCCAAUGGCCUGGACAGCAAACUCCGUGAAGACCUGGAGAGACUGAAGAUCAGGGCCCAGAGAGGGCUGCAGCACUUUGGGGGACUUCUUGUACGAGGCCAGCACGCCAUAGGGUUCUGGGGCCACACUGUGGGUGUGUCCAAGAAGAAAUAAAUCUGUAGACCUUGCC